UGGCAACAAUAUGGAAUUUGCUGUGUGAGGGUCCUAUGAGAUAACCAGAAAAAUAGCCUUUUUGCUAAGGCAGACAGUUGCAAUCUCUAUACAUUCACAGUUGCAGUUUGGAGCUAUGAUGGUCUGCAGUUGUUAAGACAGUAAGACAAUAACCAAGUUAGUCCAUUUUGUCCAGGUUGUCAAUAGCUGCUAGCUUAUUUGCAUGGAAGGGAAAGUGGAUCAGUGUUUUGCUGUUGAUCUCUAUUUAAUUACCAAGAAGAUAUGUUAGUCAAAUCAACAAAUAGACACAGUGAAGAAAGGUAGAGUGGCCUUUUUGAGGUGAUUUAUCUAUUUUCGUAACUAAACUUUGCAAUAAACUUUUGUUUCAAUUAGCUUUGUUGGUUGCAAAUGUUCAGUUUUGAAGUGCAAGAAGAUUGCUAAGUGUGCUGCCAUCAGGAGGAAGCUACAGGGGCUUUGAGAUCCACACCUUCAGGUUCAGGAACAGUUAUUACCUCAGAACCACAGAUUCUCGAACCAGAGGGGAGAACUCCACUCACUUAUCCCUUGUUUGUGAUCGGACUCAACCAGACCAGCGACCCAGCAGUUCAAGCAGCCAGUUGGACACUUGUAACUUGUCCAUUCGUGUUUCUGAUGCACAUUUCAGACACGAACUUCUGUUAAUGUAGCGUCGCAUAUCCCUAAACCGCGAAUUGAAAGAAAUUGAAGGAAAUCCGUCUGCGAUUAGACUUUGAUGGUAACGCCGGGGAGGAGCCGAGUGUUUGAUAACAUUUGCCUCAUUUCUCCGGGGUGUCGGUGAACAACACCCGUGUUCCUGUGGAAGGAACUCUUGUCCACGACAAGCCGGAAGCAACAGUUUAACUCGCAGCCACUGCAUCUGGUGCAGCGACACGGAGAGCGGCCGCCACAGUGUCCGGCACGAUGGCUCUUACUGGCUCCGUGGCUCAUUUGCCAAUAGUGUUUCUUCUGUUAGGUCGAGUCGCCUUCGUCUCUGGAACAGAAGUGCGAGGAGUCACGGGACAGUCGAUCACACUGCCGUGCCGCUAUUCUGUCGGAAAAUAUGGAAAAAGUGAGAUGUGCUGGGGCCGGGGAGAGUGUCCUUCUCGCGGCUGUGGAGAUGAACUGAUUAGAACAAACGGAGACAGAGUAACUUCUGCAACAUCCCAGAGACAUAGUCUUGGUGGUAGAAUUGCGGCAGGAGAUGUGUCGCUCACUAUAAAUGAUCUACGGAGAGAAGAUAGCGGCUGGUAUUGCUGCCGUGUGGAGAUUCCGGGAUGGUUUAAUGAUCUGAAAACGAAUUUGAAUCUCCGGGUUUCGGACGAGACUAGCACAACAUCUCCUUUAACCAUAAUUGAUUCCUUUUCUAUAAACUAUGGAAAUAAUAUUGCCCCAUUUGUUUACCAGGGGACCAGCACAGCAUCUCCUUCAACCACAACUGAGUCCCCUUCUACUGACAAUGGAAGUGACAUUACUCCAUCUAUUUAUCAGGCUUCUUCAGCUGGAACGACCGAAGGAAUUCUGAGCUCCGCAGCUACUACCAAUAAGCAUAACGCUAUUCAUAAUAAAGUAGAAAAAAAGAUGAACUAUCCGCUUUAUCUCAGCAUUGGUUUACUGUUGCUUAUCACUGUGGCCUCAAUAAUUGCCAUCAUUUUCUUGAAGAAAUCGAAGAAUCUCAGAAAAAAGUGCAACUCAAACAAUUCCAUGGGACUUAACUUGCACCAAACAGCAGAAGAGAAUAUAUAUCAAAUUUCUGAAUGAACUACGCUUUGCAAUGGAUGGUGGAACUGACUAAUUAAUUAAUGGAUGGCUUCAGAAAUUUGCAUACCUAAUUAUUAAUUAAACUAAUAGGAAAGUGGAAUUAGUGUAAUUAUUUGUAAAUGGCUGAAUUAUAUUUUUGUAUUAAAUAUGUAUUGCUUUCUUAAUGUUUAA